GUCUCUUGCGCAUGUGUGGCAAAUCGUAAACAUGGCUGACGUUGUCGUAAACGAAACCGCUAAAACUUUAAAUGAAUCGGCACAAAAUGCCACCUCAAAAAUUCCUGCUACACCUGAGGGAAUUGCAGUUGCUUAUGGGAGUUUGGUUAUCAUGGCUUUGUUACCCAUUUUCUUUGGCUCUUACCGCUCUGUGAGACACCAUAAGGAACAGAAGGAUUCUGGGGAAAAGUCUGAGAGAAUGACUCUCAAAGAUGCUGCCAUGUUUCCAAUUAUAGCUAGCGGAGCACUUGUUGGAUUAUAUAUUUUCUUUAAACUGUUCUCCAAGGAGUACAUAAAUCUGCUGCUCUCCUCCUAUUUCUUUUUUCUCGGAGUUUUGGCAUUAGCACACAUUUUAAGCCCUUUCAUCAACAACUUAGUUCCUGUUUCUUUUCCCAAUAAGAGUUAUCACCUUAUUUUCUCUGAAGGAGAAGAUAAAGAUAAAUCAGAUGUUAUAAAUUACAAGUUCGAUCGUCGUGACCUACUGUCUCUCGCCAUCUCCACAGUUGUUGGCGUUUGGUACUUAUGGAAAAAGCAUUGGAUAGCUAAUAACCUAUUUGGAUUAGCAUUUUCCGUAAAUGGUGUAGAACUGCUUCAACUAAAUCGUUUCAGUACUGGAUGUAUGCUACUAGGAGGUCUUUUCAUUUACGACAUAUUUUGGGUUUUUGGAACAAAUGUUAUGGUUACAGUUGCAAAAUCGUUUGAAGCUCCGAUAAAAUUGGUAUUUCCUCAAGAUCUACUAGAGAAAGGUCUUGGAGCUACGAACUUUGCUAUGUUAGGUUUAGGAGAUAUUGUUAUUCCCGGAAUAUUUAUUGCACUUUUGUUGAGAUUCGACUAUAGUAAAAAUCCUAAGCAACGAAUUUAUUUUUAUUCAUCGUUUCUUGCUUAUUUUCUUGGUCUUUUGACAACAAUAUUUGUUAUGCAUGUAUUUAAACAUGCUCAGCCUGCCUUACUUUACCUCGUUCCUGCUUGUAUUACUGCUCCUCUAUUAGUUGCUGUAGUCAAGGGUCAAUUGAAAGAUCUAUUCAGUUACGAGGAUAAUCCGGAAGAAGAACCUAAAAAGGAAAAAUCCAGUGAAUCAAAAAAGGCUAAAUAA